AUGGAUGAGAGCACGAGCAAUCAGGAUGCUGAGAAGCAACAGGAUCCUGGCGAAGUGCAAGGCUCCAAUGAUGCUCCUCAGUCAAGCGAGCAGAUGACUGAACCUCAGUCAAGCGAACCGAUGACUGAACCUGCAACGAGUUCCUCGUCGGCACCGCGUAACGAGUAUUUGGCCUUCCGAGAGAUGCUGAAGCAUGAGUCCGCGUUGCCUUUGGCAGCAAAAUUGCAGGAAUUUGUGCGAAAUUUUCCUGAAGGAGGCAUAUCUCGUGAUCAAGCAGCUGAUCGGGUUCACAAGUUUCUCUCGUCGACUCAGGAAUGGAUGCUGUCCAAGGUCGUGGUUUUUGCAGCAGAAGCUGACGAGGCUGGACAACAGAGUGCAGCAGAGGGGCUUGAAAAGUUCCUCGUCAUGCGACUGCACGGAAAGAUCUUUUGGUUGGAGAAGAGUGACCCAGAAGAGGAUGAAAUGGUCAAGCGGCGGAUAGAUAGCCUGAGUUGGGUUGGCUUUCAAAAUCUAGGCGUUCCAUCAGUGGAUGUCACCUUGCUAGAUUUGGCAGUGGACCAACUUCGAAGCAUGGACAAGUUUAAGGCUCCACGCGACAAGAUGAUUUGCAUUCUGAAUGCAUGCCGAGUCAUCAAUGAUGUGCUGAAGAGAGCUAUCGUUGAAAGCGGAGGAGGCCGCCCUUUAGCAGCUGACGACUUCUUGCCGCUGCUGAUCUACUGCCUCAUUUUAGCCAAUCCCCCGCGGCUGCAUUCAAACAUUGAGUUUGUCGCAGCUUUCAGGCAUCCUUCACGGCUCAUUGCAGAGGAUGCUUAUUUCUUGACAGCGUUGCAGUCAGCUGUUGCGUUCGUCAAGGAUGCUGGUCCGAAGGUUUUGGAUGUCUCGGAGGAAGAGUUCAAGCAGCUUUGUGCUGAGUCAAUUGCAGCAAAGGGAUAUGCAGCCAAUGGCACCAAGCCCGCAGAAGCAGUCACCGCAGCAGAGAAGGGGCUCGAGCUCAGUGCAGAUGUCAGAAAGGUCUUGGCUGAGCGCAUUUCUACGCUGCGCUUGCAAUUUGAGGGCAUCCAGUCUGUGCGACACCUCCGAGUGGGAGAUUUGCCCCAGUUGCUUGAAGAAUAUCGAGAAAUGGCAUCUAUCCUCAAGAAAAUUCAAAUUGAUACAUUGACGGACGAUGGAUAA